AUGACGGGAAAGACGGUGCAAAAGUGGAGGAAAACUCCCGCCUGCGGGGAGCCGAUCAAGGAUGGCCUCUUUCUCGCCUUCAAGACGCCCUACGACAACACAAACAUCAACGAGGAUGACCACUUCACAGUGGAAAUUGUCUAUGAUCUGUUUCAUCUCAAGGAGGUUGAUGUUGGCCUGGUGAUUGAUCUGACCAAGACUGAUCGUUACUACGACAAGACCAAGCUAGAGAAGCGAAAGAUAGAGCACUUCAAGUUGCCGUGUAGAGGAUUUGAUGAGCCUCCCACUCCUGAGGAGACGGCCACUUUCAUCGCCAAGUGCAAGGCAUUUCGCCAGAAGAACCCGACGAAGUGCAUCGGCGUUCACUGCACCAACGGCCUCAAUCGUACGGGCUUUCUGAUCUGCGCCUACCUGGCUGAAGAGCUGAAGAUGAACAUUCACGACGCAAUUGACCUCUUCAAGACCUGUCGUCCGCCUGGAAUUGAAAAGGAAUUUGACAAGGAAGAGCUGGUACGUCGAUACGGUGAUCCUGAUCUCGCAGAGGAGAUCUCCAAAAAGCUAAGCACUCUCAACGUCGAUGAGAAUGAUAACGAGAAGGAAUCUAACAAAAGUAAAGUCAACUUGAAAGCUUAA